GCCAGAGAGACUGCAGGUCAAGCGCGAGCUCGCAGGAAAAGGCUGCCCAAGAUGCCGGUCAACUUCUUCCACCUCACGUCCGUCGCCACCGACGCGGCGGAAGCCGCAUUGAACGAAGCGCCGUCGCCGGUCAAUGACCAAAGACCCAGCACGGCCCCCUACAAGACCCUGGGCCAGGCCCUGGCCGCGCGGCCGGCGACGGCGCCGGCAUCAUCUACAGAACGACCGAAGACUCCGCAAGACCGACCGCAGACGGCCAGAGACAAGCGGCGGUUUGCCGACUCGAUCCCGCGCAUUCCCCUCGCGCCGACCUACCAGGGCGAGCGGCCGCCGCGACGCGUGCCCUGGGCGCUCGGGGCCGUGUUUACCACGGUCACAGAUGAAGAUUUAAAAAGAUACAAGCAGAAACAGCGUAGUAGAAGAAGGGGCAAGAGCCUGCAUACUAUGUACGCCUUAGCAGUUAGAACCGCAUUACUCAUGAGGAAAGUACAAGAUGCAAGACAGCGCCGCAAGGACGCCUUUCAGCGAGAUUUAGCGCAGCGGCAGAUCGCAUCAUCCUGGCGCAAGGACAAUCCAGUUAAGAGAAGAAGAAAGCGCGCAGAAAAAAUAAUCCACGGCCCGGUGUUAGCGAGUCUAGGCAAGAACGCCCGUCUGGUGAUUCGCACCCGGUCCGUCGAUAGGAUCAAAUUUUUUCUGGGAGAAGCGCAGCACCUGCCGCCGUUCAAGCUUGUUAUGGUCAAGUUCCGUGAGGAAAUCAAGGUUCAACUUGUGCUUCAAUUCGGGGUCUCUCGCGGUCGGAGGGAGGUGCUGCUCGCUCGACGCGGUCGAGCGUAUCUCUCGGAGGUCGUGUCCAAGUUUGGGCCUCUCAGAUGACCGCGGUGCCGAGAUAGCGAGACGCGAUAACCUGAUUGAUUUCCACACAGGUCAAGUUCCUCCACGCGGUCCGCAAUUGUCAAAGGAUCUGGCGGCACAAGCUGCGGCCGCAUUUUGCUAUGAUUGAGGUCUUAGGGAGGGCCAUGGACCGGGCCCAAGAAAGGCAUCGCACGGACUUGAUUUAUUUUGGCAAUUUAGUAAGGGCCGGUAAAGUGGAUUUGGCGAUGGUCCAGGCCGAGGAAGAACAGGCGCGCAUCCCCGUUACUUAUGGAAGGCGCAGUCGACGGUCCAUGUCCUCGGUGAAUAGUGGCGUGACCGAGGAGCCGUCACUCAUACAUGAGCAGCCGAAGCCGACGCUGGCCGACAAGCGGCGCAUGUUGCUCGAGGUGCCGCAAGCAUUGGAACAGGAAAUAGAUGAGGUAGAGGCGCACAUGCAGGCUAUCAUGAAUGAUACGCUAAAGAUGGACCGGCGCUCCAAGACGAGAGCCCUGAGGAGGAUCAACGGCAAAUUAAGUCAGUUGCUGCAGGAGCGCGACGACUACCUGAGCGGGAAGAAAUUGCGGCAGUUCGAGGCGUCCUUGGUCUGCAAGAAGGCCCCGAAGAUGAGUAGGAAGCCGGGCGACGACUGGACGCCGGACGCUAGGCGCUACUGCAAAGAACGCAGGAACAAGUUGGUACGUAUUGAAAGAAAAGCUGACGACCUGAUGGGCGACGCGGAGAAGGAGGAACUACGUAGACAGGCCGAGGCCGAGGCCGCGCGCCAGAACCAGAAGCUCGAGGCGGAGGACGCGGCGGCGCGCAAAGAAAUUCUGAGGAAGUUUUUGGUGCGACGAAGGCUGGCCCACGAGCGCGACCAUUUCGCCAAAGAACAGGCGGCGAUGCUUGCAUUUGAUGAGAAGGACGCCCUGAGCAUGGUCGAGGAAGGGACCAGCCCCCGGAGCAUGCUGAAGGCGCCCAACGGCUGGUCGCUGAAGGUGCUAUUUGCGACGACCGACUUUCGAUUACCAGUACCUCCUUUGAAAGUAUUUUCUCCAACGUUGGACGCGGAGAUGCUGGCUCUAUUGCGAAGGAGCCUCCUCGAGAAGCACAUCAUCCACAAAGCGGCCAGAAGGUACGCGCGCGCCCAGUGCGUGGGCUACCUCAAGAAGUGGCUCCACCUGGCCAUGCUCGAGAAUCCCAGUUUAGCGACGUGGUCGUCCGAGCGCAAAGGAGUGGCCGAUCUAAAAGCUCUGCAGUUCCGCGUGCGCAAGGAGAAGGACGCCCGGUUGCGGAAGUUGACGGCAGCGAUGUUUGUCGGGGGGCUGACGCGGGGGAAUUCUAUUGAUGACGUGGUGGAGCGGGCGAAGACGCCGCAGUAAUAGUUG